UGUGAGGGCUUUGUAAUGUUACUCCCCAUUGUUUGAUAUACCAUUUCAUUUCCUAGUUAGCCGAGAUGAUUAGCUAACUAACUAGCCGGGGCUUGUCAGACAUUCAGUCACCAGACGCCGACGGACCAGGUUGUGUGUUUGCAAACAUGCCGCCAAGAACUCAGAAGCACAACGACACUGACAAAAGGAGGGUUUAAAGGCUUCCUUAGCUAAAGCCAGUAUUAGCAAGCUAACGACUUUCAUUCAUUCAGGAAGAAGAGCAUCACCAGCCAUGGAUUUCAACAUAUUGGUGACCUUGUGGAUAUUUUGCUUGUGUCUCGUUGGAGAAAGUUGGACUGAAAAACCAAGUUCACCUACACCGGACAGUCAAAUUGUUGAAAAUGGGGUGUCAGAUUUUUGUCGCAUCGAUGAGCCACUAUGCAAGGAUGAGAACGCCAUUCUCAGCUAUGAGGCUAUCCGUAGUAUCCACAAGCAGAUGGAUGAUGACGCAAAUGGCAAUGUAGACGUGGCAGAGACAGACGGCUUCCUCAGAGAAGAUCUAAAUUACCAUGACCCCAAAGCCAAGCAUAACAGCUUCCAUGGGGAUGACCAGUUCAUCAGUGUGGAGGACUUAUGGAAUGCAUGGAAGGGCUCUGAAGUGUAUAAUUGGACAGUGGAUCAGGUGGUGGAAUGGCUCAUCACCUAUGUGGAACUGCCACAAUAUGUGGAUGCAUUUCGCAAGAUGAGUUUUAAUGGAAGUGCCAUGCCAAGGUUCGCCAUAAAGAACACAACUCUGGCACUCUCUAUUCUGAAGAUUCUGGAUCGCAGCCAUGUGCAAAAGUUGCAGCUCAAAUCUUUGGACACUGUACUGUUUGGAGCACCCCUGAUGAAUAGACAUAACCACUUGAAGGACUUCAUGCUGGUGGUGUCAAUAGUUAUAGGCAUGGGUGGCUGCUGGUUUGCCUACAUCCAGAACCGCUACUCUAAGGACCACAUGAAGAAGAUGAUGAAAGAUCUGGAGGGCCUGCAGAGAGCUGAACAGAGUCUGCAUGACCUACAACAGAAGCUGCAGAUCGCCCAGGAGGAGCACCGUACAGUAGAAGUGGAGAAGGUGAAUCUGGAGCAGAAGCUGAGGGAUGAGAUCAACGCAGCCAAGCAGGAGGCCCAACGACUGAGAGAGCUGCGUGAGGGCACAGAGAAUGAACUGAGUCGCCAAAAGUACGCUGAAGAAGAGCUAGAACAGGUGCGCAUGGCGUUGAAGAAAGCAGAGAAGGAGUUGGAGUCACGUAGUAGCUGGUCACCACCAAACUCUCUCCAGAAGUGGCUGCAGCUCACCCACGAGGUGGAAGUGCAGUACUACAACAUCAAAAAGCAAAAUGCGGAACGGCAGCUCCUGGUGGCCAAAGAAGGGGCAGAGAAGAUAAAGAAAAAAAGGAACACUCUCUUCGGGACUUUCCAUGUGGCUCACAGCUCCUCCCUGGAUGAUGUGGACCACAAAAUACUGGCAGCAAAGCAAGCCCUGGGUGAGGUGACUGCUGCUCUGCGGGAGAGGCUUCAUCGCUGGCAGCAGAUAGAGAUCCUCACAGGUUUUAACAUCGUCAACAACCCAGGCCUUCCUUCUCUGGCCUCAGCCCUCAACCUUGAUCCCAGCUUGACGGGCGGCAGAGCUACACCUCAGCAUUUCAUCAUGUCUGAUGACAUGGACGACUUGGACGAGGAUAUCGUGCCUGGAACUCUGCAAUAUGGCACCCGACUGUUGGAACGGCGAGCCAGUGACCUGUGGUCUGUUGGUUCAGACUGUCAGCCCAUGUGGAAAUAUCCUGCUCCCAGUAUGAUGUCCCUGCGCCAACGGCACAUUGACCCCCAGCUGGCCAUGGGCUCCCAGAGGUUGGUAGAGAGUUGCCUGUUGGCGGGGCAGCAGGGAGAGGGAACCCCAUACCCACCCAGGUCUAGGGCUGCCCUCAGACAGUCACGCAGCCAGUCGUUUGGUCAGCUCGAGUGUCUCCCUCUGCCCCCUCUUUCCUCGGCUGUGUCUCAUCCCGCCAUCAUCUGUUCUUCCAACCUAAACCCUCAGUCCCUGUCUUCCUUGUCCCCCUCUUCCUCCUGCUUACCCAGCUCUGUGGGUGGUGCCCCUCAUUCCUCCCAUAUAUAUCAUGCUUCUUUCCAGCCCAUGGACCCCAUUCCUGAUUUCACCUUCUCGGAUGUCUCCAAAGCACACUCUUCGUGCAGCAACAGCUUUGGGGACCUAAAUCGCUCUGACUCUGACUCCUCCCUGUCCCUCUCCCAAGCUGGUGAUCGGCUAUCUGCCUACAGCUCCAAAGGCCACCUAAUCAAGCCCACCGCACUCAUUCACGGUCUGUCCAGCCGUCCAGAUGACACCGUCUCACUGCAUGCUCACACCCCCAACGGAGGGAACCGCAUUCAUGAGGUCAGUACAGCAGAGCCUGUCCUUGACAGCCCCAUACUCAUGAAGGAGGUGUACGGCAUGGAGCAGUCGCCCAGCCUGGGAGAGAUCAACAGUCUGUCAGAGUCGUCCCGCUCCCUCAGCCCCAACUCCACUGAACCUGAAACGCCGUCACCUACAGGAGGGCAACCAGGGGCCACGGGGGCAAAGGGCAGCACCCGCAUCCCACAGCUGUCCUCCAAGAAAAGCCCGCUGGAGGAGGACAGUGGCUCUACAGGAGAAGACACAGAUUCCACUGCCAGCCGCAAGAAACACACCUUCAAGAUCUUCAAGAAACAGAGGAAAUAAGGGCUACAUGAACUACAGGCUAUCAAAGCUGUUUGACUGUAUUCCUCUGGUCUGUUUUUGAAAAAAGUUUCAAAGUUUGUGGGGUUCAUUUAUGGUCAAAUGAUGGCACAAUUUGUUGCCGUUGUAUCUUUUUGUAGGCACAACACCUACUCUGAGAAACUUGACUGUGGGAGCAAACAGCUGUUCAGUUUUAUCUGCUUAUGUUGAAUAUGUGGGGAAUGGGUAGGUUUGUAUAUUGGAAUGUAAAGUAUUAUUUAUUCUGCAGGAAGUUAUGCCAGUCUCCAAGGGAAAUGUGUCUCCCAGUUGGUUUUUCUUUCUUGUUCUACAAUCUAUAACAUUUUGCAUGUCUUCACUUUUGUUUGACUGAUACUCGAAUGCUGUUAAUGUUUGCUUGGUUCUUGUUGUUAACCUGCUUAAACAACACUUGAUGUUUCUUUUAUUACUACCUAACCACCUAGCCUACAAAUCCAAAGUGAAUGUGCACUCUUUCAAUUUUUCAUUGAGUCCCUUUUUUUUAUUGAUGGUUAAGUGUCUCUGUCGCUUGUUGUCGUCUUGGCAGAGCAAAUUACACAUGCAGGAGCUCCUCAUACAGAAGAGGAGGAGUAGUAGUAGUAGUAGUAGUAGUAGUAGUAGUAGAAAGCUCAGACUAGAAUGUUAGUCCCUCAAAUUUCACUUUAGGCUGUUUAAAAAAUGUUUUAAGUGCCGUUUGAACACAGCAAUAGUAGCUACUAUUGCUCUGUGGUGCUCUGAUGUGAUUUAGCCUCCCUAAAAGUGAAAAACAAUAUGAUUUUUAAAAGGCUUAAUUUGCAACCUUGGAUCUCAUCCAAGAGCACCUGAAUGACAUCACCUUGUAUACAAAAGAGAGUUGGACAGACGUAAAUCUAACUGCAUCUUCAAAUUUUCUUUUGCUUUAUUUUUAGUAUUUAGGAUUGAGUGCAUGAGAGAGUGAGAGAGAAGUGCUUUGCUGAAAUAUCCAGCUUUAAAACAACCACAACAGUUUUAGCCACUGAUUAAUUUUUAGGAUUUACACGUAUCUUCACUGGACCUGGAGGUGAACACAUGUUUGAAAAUCCUGGCUAAAAGUACCUGCUUGGGUGUAGGUAUCCUUUUAUUAUUAGGCAGAAAUGUUACCAAACACAUAAUUACCGAAAUGUUAAACAUUACAGUCUGAAAAUACCAGACUGCAUGAUAAUGACUGUAUUGAAUUGAAAAAUGAGGAUACAUUUUGGAGAAAGUAUACAGUUUACACCAUGAUGAAAAACAACAGAUUUUUUUAACACAACACUUGAAGCACAUUUUAAUUGUAACUAUUAAAAAAAAAAAAAAAGAAGUAAAUGUUUUGUUUUUGACGAUUAUAUUCAAUAAAAGGGAUGUUGGAUAAAUGGGAUCCAACAUUUUCCACUGAAUUUUAAUUUGAUGAACGUGGUGCAAGUUUAACUUGGAUUUUGGCUCCUGCUAUCCACCAUCUUAUUGUUUCUGUUUUAAUAAUUAUUUAGGUGGACAAUGAAAACUUCACAGCAGUGUCAGUGAGGGAUGGGUGCUGGUAAGGGCUAUAUUUAAGGCAAAAUUACUUGCUCUGUUUAAGAUAGACAUUUUCAAGUUGUAACCACUUUGUAAUCCUCCUUUUAUGGAAGAUUUAGCUCAACAAGUUAUGGAAGCAGAAGAUCAGUUGUGUCAAAGUGCCAAAUCACUAUUUCUCUCAGAGGCCUUUGUGUUUGUUGUAUGUUUGGCCCUUUGAGCCCCCUUUACAAAGAAGACAAAACCCCGUGAUAUAUAUAUUCAGUCUGUGAUGUAUAUCCUGAGUUUAAAUGCUGAAUGUCAAAGGUAUUGUUAAUGUAACAGUAUCCUCAGUACAGUAUGUUUACAUUUGUUAUGGAUAAUUACUGUCCUCAGAUUAUCACAACAAAGAACAUUGUGUCAGUUUUAAUAUUGACAGCCUCAUAUGAGCACGGAACUAUGCAUCAGUAGUUUUAGGUGAUUACUAAAGUAGUAGGGAUGCCGGUACACUUAGGGCGUUCCUGACCAAUGAACAACCAAAAAGUGCUGCAAAAGACACAGUCGGCCUCCCCAGCCUCAUAAUGUAACAGAUGGUUUGGACAUGUUGGAAUAUUUUAUUUUAGAAACCAGCUAAAAAAAAAUAUCAAUUUCUUACUGGUACUUUUUUAAAGUGUCAUUUGUAUCUCUUUUGCACGACAGAGCUGUAAAUGGAUUAUGCCGUGUGAGUGUGUGUGUGUGUCCGUCUGCUCCCAGUAUAAUGCACUGUAAUGUUGAUGCAUGUCAACUAUUGUAACGAAACCUAUAUUGGGUUAGAAGAGUGGAUCAGCUUAAGCUCUUUACUCCACCUUACUUUUUCUUUCUCUUUAUUUUGGGCUUCUAUUUAUGAAUACAUACAAUAUAUUUGUACAGAGAAAAUGAUAAUUUUGCAUCUUCUGUGAUGGUCUAGACUUUUAUGGCACUCCUGCAUGACAGCAAUAAACUAUUUUGAAUGAAA